AUGGAUCCAUACCAAAAGGCGGAGCUCGGGAGCACCCGCGAUUCCAUCGUUGCCGAUCGCAGCAGACUUGGCCCAACGCCGUCAGAGUCGAGUGGUACGACCGCGGAAGCAGGACAUGGCUCCAAGCCAGCCAAGCGCCGUCGUAUCGCCGUCGCAUGUACGACCUGUCGAUUACGCAAGUCCAAGUGUGAUGGAAGCAGACCAAGAUGCUCCACUUGUAAAGACUAUGGGACGGACUGCGCCUAUUCCCCAUCGGCCCCUUUGGUUAGUGCCACGGCAUCCAGAGAACAUUUCGAAUCUGUAGAGACGCGCCUUCAGACCCUUGAACGGGCCCUCACGGCCUUGACGGGCCGAGUAGAUGGCAUAGAGCGUCAGGGAGCGCGCACGCCAGCGUCGCCUCAGCCCGUAACGCUGGCCGCUGACGAUGAGGAACCGGGGGCGACAGUAGCGUCCCAGGAUGCCACCGACGGCAUCGGAACCAUUGUGUUUACCCGCGAAGAGCACUUUGGCUUUUUUGGCCCUUCUUCCAACAUCGCCUUUAUCCGAGCCAUCGUCACUGCCGUGACAGCCAGCGUAAGACGCAGGCAGGCGGGACAGUCGCCGGACGAGACCCGAAUUGUCGAGGCCUCCAACAGCAGGGUCCUCCAUGUCUCCCGUCCGCCGUCGCCCGCCCGCCAGGAGCAGUCCACCCUGCACUGUAGCGUCGGGGAAGUGUCCGCGUACGGCCUGCCGCCGCCGGACGAGACCCUGGACCUCAUCCGCAGUUACUUUGCCACCACGGGCUUCCUUUUCCCCUACAUCCACGAGCAGAGCUUCCUCGACACGUACCACGAGGUGGCGGCGUCCCAGUUUCGCAAAGUGAGGCGCUCGUGGUUGGGUCUGCUCAACAUGGUGUUGGCCAUGGCCACGAGCGCCACGCUCGGCAUCACGCUCGACGCGCCCUCGCGGCGGCUCAAGUCGGACGUCUUCUUCUCGCGCGCCAUGACCUUGUGCGAGACCCAGAUCCGCUGUGCCGCCAGUCUCGAGAUUGUUCAAUUUCUUGUCCUCAUGAGCCAGUAUCUGCAAGGCACAGACCGCUCAACCCAGACAUGGAGCGUCCAUGGCCUUGCCGUCAAGGCCGCCUACCAGCUGGGCCUGCAUUCCCAGAACGAGCUGAGACGCUACACGCCCCUGGAACGAGAGAUACGCGCGCGCACUUGGUACGGCUGCGUUAUCCUGGACAGAACCCUGAGCAUGACCCUUGGUCGCCCUUGCUCCAUACCGGAAAGCCACGUCAAGUUGAACCUACCUCGGCCGUGGCCCACGAAUGCAAACGAUAAAAGUUUGACUAGCUAUGGAACUCCAAAUGCCGGUGCACAGGGAGAGGACAGCCUCAUAUUCUUCAACGCAACCAUUUCCCUCUACAAAAUCAUGUGGAACGUCAUCGACCUCCUCUACGAAGGCAACCUGGGCUGCGAGCCGUCCAAAAACAUCUUCGACAUAGCCUCCCACCUGCUCCGGAUCGAGCACCAGCUGCUAGAGUGGCAGCAGAGCCUGCCGCCGACCAUGCUCCUGGUGCAGCCUGCGGACCUGAUCGGCGGCACGCCGACAGCGGCGCCCUGCCCGCUCUCCCGGCUGCGCGUCAUCCUGACGCUCCGGUACCUGAACCUCCGCGUCCUCGCCCAUCGGCCUGUGCUGCAGAGCUACCUCGCCGAGCUCGGCGCCGCGACGGCUUUGGGCGACCCGGCCGCGCAGCAGCGCACCACGCUGUACCAGGUCGGCGCCAACAGCAUGCGCGUCUGCGUGCAGUCGGCCGCGUCCAUCGUCGAGCUCGUCUCGCACGUCGUGCGCUCCGAGGGGCUGACAAAGCAGCUGCUCGGCGCGUGGUGGUUUUCCUUGUAUUACACCUUCAACGCCGCCCUCGUCAUCUACUCGGCCAUCCUUAUACAAAACGACCCGGUUGUCAACACGGCGGCCGACACGUUCGACUUUCGCGGCAUGGACAUCAGGCGGGACCUGCUCUCGCAGGCCGCCGAGUCGCUGCUGCUGCUGGACCGCGGCAACCGCAUGACGGAAAAGUGCGCCAAGUACACGUAUGCGCUGAUGCACAUCUUGGAUUCCCUCUACCCGACCGGGGGUCCGGUCAGCUCGUCGAGCGCCAACAUCCUGUCGCAGCUGCUGCAGAGGUCCAACACGACCACGGAUACCGCGAUCAAUGCCGCGUCCAGCUUUUUCCCGUACGGAGAGCCGUCGUUGGAGUUGGACAUGGACCUAAAUGCAUUCAUGGACCCGGGGGACCUGGGCAUCUUUGUCUUUCCCUCAAGCCCGGGGGGCAUUUAUCCGGGACACAAUAUGUGA